AUGCUUCCAUCCUCCUCCUCUUCCCUUUCUCCUUCUCCUUCCUUCUCCUCCUCCCUCACCCCUCCUUCUCAUUCUCCUCCUUCUCCUUCCUCCUCGCUUCUAUCCAACUCCAUAUCAGAAAUGGAAGACGCCCUCAGUUAUGGUAACAGGAGUUGUACAAUAGAAAACUUCAAGAAGGAAUUUUACCCCAUCAUAUACCUGAUAAUAUUUGUUUGGGGAGCCUUGGGAAAUGGCUUUUCCAUAUAUGUCUUCCUACAGACUUACAAGAAGUCCACAUCUGUGAAUGUUUUCAUGCUCAACCUGGCCAUUUCAGAUUUUCUAUUCAUAAGCACCUUGCCUUUCAGGGUUGACUAUUAUUUCAGAGGUUCCAAUUGGAUAUUUGGGGAUACAGCCUGCAGAAUUAUGUCUUACUCCUUAUAUGUCAACAUGUAUACUAGCAUUUAUUUUCUAACUGUGCUGAGUGUUGUGCGUUUCUUGGCCACUGUCCACCCCUUCCAGCUGCUCCAUGUCACCAGCUUCAGGAGUGCCUGGAUCCUCUGUGGGAUUAUAUGGGUCUUCAUCAUGGCUUCUGCAGCACUGCUUCUGGUGAAUGGCCAAGAGAAGAAAGAUGACAUUAUAUCAUGCUUGGAGCUAAAUCCCAAAAAGAUUGAAAAUCUUAUGAUCAUGAACUACAUUGCAUUAACAGUAGGCUUCUUGCUUCCGUUUUUCACACUCACCGUCUGCAACCUGCUGAUCAUCCGGGUCUUGUUAAAGGUGGAGAUUCCAGAAUCAGGUCCACGGGCUGCUCAUAGGAAGGCACUGAUCACCAUUGUCAUUGCCAUGGUUAUCUUCCUCCUCUGUUUUCUGCCAUAUCAUGCACUGCGGACCCUCCACUUGGUCAAAUGGGAUGCAAAAUCAUGUGAGAAUAUGUUACAUAAGGCCACGGUCAUCACACUGACCUUGGCUGCCGCCAAUAGCUGCUUCAAUCCUGUUCUCUAUUUUUUUGCUGGAGAGAAUUUCAAAGCUAGAUUAAGAGCUAUAUUCAGCAAAGAUCGUGUAUAG